AUGGUUGUUGCUAACGCUGCUAAUGUUGUUAAUAAUAAUGAUAUAGAUCAUUACAGUGCAAAACCGCCUAUUUUUGAUGGUGAGAAAUUUGACUACUGGAAAGACAGAAUAGAAAGUUUAUUUCUUGGUUAUGAUGUUGAUCUCUGGGAUCUCGUAGUCGAUGGCUAUGAUCACCCAGUAAAUACUGAAGGAAAUAAUUUAGCAAGAAGUGUUAUGUCUAACCAACAGAAGAAAGACUUCAAAAAUCAUCAUAAGAAGCAAGCUUCUGGAAAAGAAGUUAUCUGUCUCGAGUGCAAAGAGCCAGGUCACUACAAAAAUGAUUGUCCUAAGCUGAAGAAGGACAGAAGGCCUAAGAAUAACUUCUCUAAAACCAAGAAGGGGCUUAUGGCUACCUGGGAUGACUCGGAAUCUAAAGGAGAAGAUUCUGACGAAGAAAAAACCAAUGUUGCACUGAUGGCAACUACUGAGGAUCGCAUAAGCUCUGAGGAACCAUAUGACAAGGUAUCAUCAGAAUCAAAAUCCGACUCUGAUUCUGAAGAGGUAUUCUCUAACCUAUCUCGUUAUGAUAUUGAAAUUUGUCUCUCUAAAAUCCUGGAAAAGUACCAGAGUCUUGAGAGUAAAUUCAAGGACCUUAAACAAGUCCAAGUAACUGCUUCUGAAACUCAAAAAGAGCUUGAAAAAGAUAUUUCCUCUCUAAAUUAA